UUGACUGGCUGUGAACUCUCACCCCAGCUGCUCGGGAAAUGUCAUACAGGCAGGGAGGCCCGUGCUGCAGUAGGGGGGCGUAAUAGGAAGAAAAAAAAAUAACAUUUUCUCCGCACUCAGCGCAUCAUUCAGCAGAGACUUUUCCGUCAGAGUGCCACAUCCCGCUCCUGCUACCACCGCCACCAGCAGCAGCAGCAGCCGCAGAUAUCGCAUCGCAGCCUCGGUGCUCGUUUCGCAUUAAAGCUGAAAUAUAUUCAUAAUAAAAAAAAGCCCUGGUAUGGCAGAAAUGGGACAGAGCAGUCCUCCUCCCUCGAAGAUGUCUGCACAGGAGGCUACUUGGCCUGUGAAGCAGCUGCCCAGUAGAAGAUCCUGGGAUUGAGACGUGAAUCCCUUUACACUGAUGGCCUGGACUGAGUUUCAGCUGACCUGCUGAAGCUAUGGGGAGCUGCUGGAGCUGUCUUUACAGAGACCCCAUCCGAGACAACCAUCUCACCAAAUUUAAGGUCAUCAAUGUGGACGAUGAAGGAAACGAGCUGGGCUCUGGGAUCAUGGAGCUCACCCAGACUGAGCUCAUUCUUCACACUCGCAAAAGAGACGCCAUUCGGUGGCCGUAUCUCUGCCUGCGACGCUAUGGCUAUGACUCCAACCUGUUUUCCUUUGAGAGUGGUCGCCGCUGUCAGACAGGGCAGGGAAUCUUUGCAUUCAAAUGUUCCCGGGCUGAAGAGAUCUUCAACCUGCUCCAGGAGCUGAUGCAAUGCAACAGCAUCAACGUGGUGGAGGAGUCAAUGAUGAUCAGUCGCAGUGGCCAUACACCAGAAAUGGAAAUGUCUCGCACACCACAGACUCCCAACACUCCAGGUUUUCCUGUGCAGUCCUUUCCAAAUGGGUAUCCAGGUUAUCCCAUCAGAGGGGACUCCUCCCAACCAUCUCUAGAAGAUCAUGGACACAGUCUCAUGGGUUUGGAAGACCAGACUCACACGUAUGUGAAUACUGUGAGUAUGGACGGGGAUCUUUCCAUGCGUCACUGUGUGCACUCUCUGCCUGAGGUGCGACCCAGUGCUUUGCCCGAAACGACACGUGGAGCCAUGCCUGUCGGAGGUCAAGGGAAUCCACAAUCCAACCUUAGAUGCUGUCCCCUUGAGGAGCGCAAAGACCCCCAGGUGUUCCUUCAGCCGUCCUCGCAGGAAGUCAAAUUCAUGCUUGGGCCCACUCCAGCUCAACGGCAUCUCAUUGAGAGGGAGAGGCUCGGUCACAAUCCUCACAACCUUCAGCCAGCAGAGGGCGCCACAGGCUCAGAGACUGAGGGGGACGAGCCAACACUGCACCUGUGCAACUCUCACUCCUACCAUCUUUUCCAUCACCACAUGCACCGGCAUCCAAGCCACGAGCACCCGGACAGCUCCCAGAGCGGCGAGCUCACCUACGAGAACAUCAACGACCUUCGGAGUGGCCGCAAGCAGCGCCUGAGCCCCAGCAGUGUGUCUCAGUCUGUGGGGUCCAGCAGCAGCAGCAGCACCGGGGAUAGCCACUCACACUCCCUGCUGCAUUCUCACGGCCAUGGGCCUUCUUCUCUACCCCCACAAGGUUACGCCUGUGAGAGGAGCAUGGGCGGAGGCCACCGUCGGACAGCUCUUCUCAACUACGAGAACCUGCCCUCACUGCCACCUGUGUGGGAGUACAGCGCCUUGCAGCGGGACGAUGAGCAGGAGGAGGACGAUGAAGAUCAGGAUGAGGAUGAAUACGAAGAAGAGGAGGAUGACUUUGAUGAGUAUGAGUUCUCAGAAGGCCCAGGGACGCCCAAUGGGUACCACCAGGACAGUCGGGGUAUUCACAGAGACGCCCUGCAGAACUAUGUCAACACAGAGCAGGUGCAGCCGCCCCGCCUCCGGCACCCUUGUCCCCCGCAACCACGGGUGUGUCGACCAGACAGCGGGGGGCGGAUAUUUAGCUUUGAUUUCCGAAGGCGUUCGCGUUCAGGGGUCGGCGGUUGUGAGCACAGCCACAUACCUGCAUCGCGGCAGCUGAAUUACAUCCAGGUGGACCUGGAGGAAGACCCUUCCCGCCAAGCCCUCGGCAGUGGGGGUGCCCAGCCACAGCACCAGCGCCUACCACCCAAAAAAUGUGGCCCUCCCGUACCAAGACGCAGUGAGUGCUAUGCCGUUAUUGACCUGAAGAAGACCGCUGCCAUGUCCAACCUGCAGAAGGCGCUCCCCAGGGAUGAUGGGACUUCCAGAAAGACUCGCCACAACAGCACAGACCUGCCUCUGUAAAAGAAGUUCUGACUGAAGUCAGAUGAAGGCUCAUCCUCAUGUUAGCACACUGGACCCUUCACUGUCAUCCAUCCAUUCGAGCUUCGGGACGACUGAAAUGGUGCAGGUACCUAAUUAGAAACACGAUGAGACUGAAUUAUGAAUGGAAAUUAGAAAUGUCUGAGGAGGGUUUGCCAUAUGUCUUUUUUUAAAUCAAACUUCAGGUAAAACUGCUCUUAAUAGCAUUAAGUCUCAUAAAUAUAUGUAUACCGUGCCUUGUAAAAGUACUUGAGUCUCUUAGACUUUUUCUAAUGUUAUAAACACAGACUUGAAUACGUUUUUGAGGGGAUUCUAUGUGAAAGACCAACACAAUGUAGUGUCCAUACAUUCAAUGAAUGGAAAAAAAAAAAAGAAAAAGAUCCCGAGAAGCAAAUGUUACAGAUUUUCGAUUGGAGUUAGAUCCGAUCGUUAGCUAGGCCAUUCUGGCUGCAUGUUUACGGCUGUUCUACUGGAAGGUGAAUGUCUGUACCAGUCUGAAGUCUUUUACAGCUUCCCUUCCAGCAUUUGACUGCAGUUAGCUCCAUCCAUCAUCAAAUGACCAGCUUUUCUGGCUCUUCUACUGAAAAGUAUCCCCAUAGCAUUAUGCUGCCAUCACCAUGUUGGAUAAAGCCUGGAUUAUGCUCAGAAACCAGGUCGUCUGCGUGUGUGUCGCAGUUAACGUUGUAGCUCUGUGCCAAAACACACAGCUCCACAGCCAGUCUUUCGGGAACACUCACGGAUAAAACUGUGUGUCGUCCAGCGUUGGGUGAGGGGUUGUAGACGGCGAACAAGCUUGUCUAACCGACACACGGACACCCACUAUACUAGCUAGUUCGUGAUUGUCCCUCUAGCGUUGUGGUGUGGACGUGGACAUAGCGUAGACCACGCUUCAAAAUUGGGCAUAAAUCAAAAAUAUCUGGGUCAUACCUGCGACAAGCUCACUGCGACACACAGCUGCAGGAAUAUAACCCGCCCUUAAGGGAGAUGGUGUUUGUUCAGAGCAGCCUAUACCAAUUUGCUGUGUCCCUUCACACGACCUGUACAGCACUAUAAAUAGGCAUUCUCUUUACUGUUUUUACAUAGGGGCUCUCUCUUUACAACACACCUGCGGAGGACAGGGGUCAUAGUUGUUGCGUCAAUAGAUUUUUUCAACUGAGCACUGAAUCUUUGCAGUUCCUCCAGAGUUAUCCUUCUCGGGUGCUUCUUUUGGUCCUUUUAAAAGUAAAUAGUUACUCAGUAGUUCCACUUUGUGCUGUUCUAUCUCAUAAAAUCCCAAUAUGGAAGUUUGUGAUUGCAGCGUCACAAGUUGUUUUUUUGUUUUUUUUUUGCAAGACACUGUAUCCCUCUAAUUAUGACUCUUUAUGCUUUAGCUUUGGGUUUUUUGGUGGAAGCAAUCAUUGCCAUAUGGUAUUAUCAAGUUAAAAUUACACUCAUUUCAUUCAUAUUUUUUUUUAUUUUUGUCAGAUUCUAAACAGCAGAGCUGCAACCCUCAUCAGUGAGGAACCAUUGAUGGCAUGAAGGCAGGCCAAUGGUUUCUCCUGUGGCCGGUGUUCAUACCUCAUCACAAGCACUUAUGUCUAAUUUUGUGGCUCGUAUGGUUAUUACUAUAUUCCUAAAGAGCAUUUUGCACACAAUCCUAUGGAAUUGUAUUAAAUCAUUGUGUAUAGACAGUUUUAACUGAGAAGAGUUUGAAGAGAAAAAGAUGAAGAUAUUGAGAGAGAAAUAACUAACUGUAUGGCAGGAAACGUAGCACACAUUGAGUAAAGUAAGUUUGGCUCUCUGCUGUCGGCAUGCAGAAACAAAACCGUAGCAUAUCAUCCUCACUCUCAUUUCCUGCAUAUCAUUUCCCCGUGCAGGGAAGUUUGGUCCAUGCCAGUCACAUUGCACUUUUGACUUCUGGCCAUUUUGUCACCUCUGCAGCAACAGGCUGGGUCCUUUUUUUUUUUGUUUCUUUCUUCUUUUUCUUUUUAACCCCAAAAAACAAAACAAAAAAGGGACUCAAAUGGACACUGUUAGACAGCAGAUUCAAUGGCUAAAUAAAGUGUUCUCGGUAGAAACGUCGAUGACCUCAAACAGUGGCAUUAAGCUGUAACCCUUUUGGGAACUGAGCUAAAUCAGUGAUUGUUAUCAGGGCUGUUUUAAAGGGGUUCAAGUAUGUCGGAAAGUCAUAAAGUUGCUUUUUUUUUCUAAGGAUACUUUUCAACCAUUUCAAUCAAGUAUUUAUUUAUUUAUUACGUAUUUAUUUAUUAAUUUCAAAGAAUAUAUUUACAUAAUUUCAUUUUCCUUCAUAUGAUGACCAGUGUUUUGUUGUCCAGUAGGUAAUCUGGAGACCAAAGUUUCAUCUCAAAUUAUCACUGGACACUGCUGUAUUACUGUUAUUAAUGUGCUUAAGUAUAUUUUCUAAAAAAAAAACAAGAAAGAAUGACUGUAUUUAUAUUUUAAGUGCCAAAUUGUAAUUGCUUACUGUCGGAAGAAUUAAAAGUAAAAUGUGCCAUAGGAUGUCUUGCUGGGGGAUAGAAAAGGCACAAAGUGAAAACAGGUGAAGGGAGGUAAAAAAACAAAACAAAAAAAACAAAAAAACAAAAAAGAGAUUUUUGAAAUUUUUUUACAAAUUAAAAUAAUAAAAACCACACAUUCCACCUCAUCCGCAUCUAUAGCCAUUCAGAAGGAAGGAGUAGGAAGGGAUAAUCUUUAUAGUCUGAUAAUCACUGUCCUGGUGGUUUUUUGCUGCUACUUGUACAUACUAACAGUAGCCCAUAUAAGCUACAGGUACAUGUCAAAAUGAGAAAAAUAAUGUGAUGUCAGACUUUUUAUCAGGUUGUCACAGAAAUAGUGUCGUCGUUGUCUUCUGGUUUUGUUUCUGGGUGGCAGGAAUGUCACUGCUAAUUUCAGAGUGUCUCAUGUGGCCAAAGCUUCAUUCAGACCAGACAUAUUUAUUCAGAGCCGCCUGAAAGGAGACAUGAGGGAAGCACAGGCCAACUGAUGCCAUCCUCUUUAUUCUUAUUGCUCAUAUUAGCUUGGUUUUUGAAGCUGAAAUAAAGAGGCAGAUGUUUAAGAUUAACUCAUGCAAAAGACUUUGAAAGGCGGGCAAGCUGUGUUGUUUAGCUCAAGGUGAUCUUUUUAUUCCUUUUAACAGAGUUAUAAUGUGAAAUAAUCCCAGACUUAACUUCUGCCAAGAAGGUUUUUUCCUAUUUAU